GGAAGUACUAAAACAAAGAAAAAAGUUGAGUUUCCCAGGCGGGAAGAAGAUAGAGAAUGAGAAAAAUGGCGUCGACAUUCUCAUUCCCAGUGUUACCGCGCAAAGACAUAGUAGCAAUUCUAUUUGAAUCACAAAUCGCAAACAUAAAAGAAGAACAUCUUGUCAAUCCAACUUCUGAUGUCGUUGUAUCUAUUUACACUAACCUCUUAAUUUAUCUCGAUCCUCUUCAGGAUGAUCAUAGACAGGCUGAUUUUAAUGCAUUAGGGCAACUUGAAAAUCCAGAUCUUCAUGCUGAUUCGGUUCGGUUGGUGAAUUUGUGUCGUAAGAUUAAUGAAGUUAUGGCUUCGGUUAGUUGUCCAACUGACUUUCUUUUAAGAGAUUUGGCUAAACCUGAUACACAUAGGAAUGGACUUUUUCUUAGUGCCAUCCUCAAUUUCUGUCUUCACAGGGAAACUAAAUUGGUUCUUCUGCAACCAUUCGUUGAUCAAGUAAAUAUCCACGAAGAGCAGCGGAAUGAGUUAGAGUCAAGGAUCUCAGAGUUACACAUGGAGAUGUCUAAUCUCAAUGAAGCGAAUGAAAGGGAGCAGCCAUUUAUUGCGGAGGUGGAUGGUAAAGUUAAGGAGCUACGCCAGACUAUUCAGGAACUCAACAAUCAUCAAAUGUUGGUGAAAACUUCUUUAUUAGCAGUGAAGGGUCGAGCCACUGAGAUUGAUGAGAAGAUUUCUAGUGCUGAGUUUACCUUGAUUCAAAGUGCACAAGAGAAUGCGAAACUGCUAUCCAGAAUUGUUCAGUCUCCAGACAAGCUACAAGGAACUCUGGAGGAAAAGAAAGCCAUCCGAGAUGAUGUUAAGAACUCCGAAAGAUCAGCAAUGCAAUCUUUCCAAGAGAAGUCUUGCACACUUGACGUGUACUCAAAGGCUUUGAAGAAAAUGUCCAAGCAGCUUGCUCAAAUGCAUGGGACAAAAGAGCAGGCCGAUGCUGCAAAAACAGUUGAGAAAGAUGUUAAGGUUCUCAAGGCUAAGCAAAAUGAUGAAGGACUAUUGGGCAUGUCUCUUGAAGCGAAAUCUGUUGAGCGGCAAGGAAAAGUGGAACAACUGGAGGAAUUAAAAAAGGCAUAUGAGAAAGAGAAAAAUAUGAAACAUGAGGAAGUCACAAAGAAUCUAGACUCUUUGAAGUUGGAACUGGAAUCAAAGACGCAUGAUUUUGCCGCAAGGAAAGCGAAGGUGGAAGCUUUGGUUGUGGAGGGGGAUGGCAUAAAUAAGAGAAAGAAUUUAGAAAUAGAAUCUGGAGCAGCUACCAAGCAUCAACUGUAUAAAAAAUGUGAAGAGAUCGUUAAUGAGUUUCACAGCUACUCGCAAUCUAUCGGGUCUUAUCUCGACGGGGUGCAGUGUUAACUUGUGCUCAACAGCAGUUAAACAGUAGAUACUUGAAGUUCUGAAUAUAGAGUUUUGGUACAUUCUGCUAUGUGAUUAUUCAUUCGUUGUUUUAUAGAGUUUUGGUACAUUCUGCUAUGUGAUUAUCCAUUCGUUGUUUUGUGGAGAAUGUCGGAAGUCAUGUCUCUUGCUAGAAAGAAGUUGGUGAAUUUGUUGUUUUUCCUUGCCUGCUGGCUCGACCAAAUGUCCUGGAUCACAGUUUCUAAUUUAAUCCUUCACGUG